GCAAUGGGAGAAAUGUUCCCAAUCCUGAGGAUAUUUUUCUUGUUGAUGUUAAUGAAUCACUCGGAGGCUGAGAGUCACCGGAACACUAGUCAAGAUCUGCCUCCAGAGCUACAGAAAAUUGUGGAAGAAGUCAUAGCUGGAAAGUAUCUAAAUGCUUUCCUUGAUAUGCUUCAUUUCCAAAGCACAAAUAUGUGGACAACAGAUCUGCUUAACAAAAUCAUGGCGUAUUUCCAUGCUCAGAAUAUUGUAAUGACUUAUAGCAACUUACAGGUAUCUAUAAAGAAUUACUUGGAGAACCUCUUAUACCACCCCAAAGUGUUACUGUCAGAGUUUCGACAGAUGAAUCAUCACCAUUUUCAAACUGCAAUGAAAUAUCUCUUUGGCAACAGACAGCACCAUUUGGAGUUGGGGAAUAUUGUUAUCGAUCUGGCUGGGAUAAGAGAGAAAAUUUUCCAGAGCCCGGGAGGAAACAGAACGCUGUUCCUUAUCACUCUGGAGAAGUGCUUUCUAACGUUGAACACUGCUGAAUGUGUUGACAUAUUAAGCCAAAUCCUCCGGGCCUCUUCGAUCGCUUAUCUCCAAGUUCACACCAUAACCCGACUGCCGGAAGAUCUUCAGGAAGGUGCUUUUCGAAAUCUAUCAACGGUGUUCAGAGACCUGUAUGACCGAAUAACAGCAAAUGCGCAACGGGCUCUAUAUGACUGGAUGACGCGGAUCUUACAAAAAUCCUACAAUACCAGUGAUCUGGAGAAUUCUACUUCAUGGGUCAGCGCAGAAAACAUGUGGAUUCUUGGAAGAUAUAUGGUUCAUCUCCCACUAGAAGAAAUCAGGAAAAUUAACCCUGAUGAAAUGAGCUUUUUCAUCAGUUACGACAAUGCAACAAAGCAACUUGAUACUGUGUAUGAUAUCACCCCAGAGCUUGCACAAGCUUUCUUGGAAAGAAUAAAUGCAUCAGGAUUUGAUAUGAGAAACACGUCAACUCUCUAUAGAUUAGGCCUGCUGGUUUGUUUUUAUGAUGACCUGGAAGAGAUGGAUGCCAAUGUGGCCCGAAUUUUACUUCAUCAAAUGAUUAAAUGUAACCAGCUGAGAGGUUUCCAGGCUGACGUUCGAAAGCUCAAAUCUCAGCUUCUUGAUGUUGCCAUGCAAAACCAGACUUUGAAUGACACCCUUGGCUCACUCUCGGAUGCAGUAGUAGGCCUGACAACCAUCCAGCUGGAAUCUCUCUCCCCCGAGGCUGUGCAGACGGCAAUCCAAACAUUAAACCAAGUCUCUGGAUGGGCCAAAAGCCAAACCAUGAUUUUAUCCAGCAAAUAUCUGAUGUAUGAAAAGGUUUUAUGGUUUCAUAAUAUUAGCCAAAUGGGUGCUUUGGUAACUGGGAUUAGCACUCACUCAUUCCAUAAUAUGAACCCCAAAGAACUCACUCAGAUUACAAGAGGCACACCAGCUCAACACGUGUCUGAUUUGUCACCAGCGCAACAACAAGGGAUCCUCCGGAAGAUCAUUGCGUCCACGGAGCUGUUACCAGUCCUCGCUGAUUUGCAGGGAGCUUUUUUUAAAGAGGUGUCGCUUUUUGAUUUGUGGAAAGAGGAAGGCUUCAACUCUUCACUGGUGAAGGAAAAAGAAUUGAGGCCAAGUCAGGCCUUGUUUCUGUAUGAAUUAUUGUCAAAGAAGUCUUCGCCUUCUGACCUCUUAAGCAUCAGCCAACUGGUAAAAGGAGUAACGUGUUGGCAGAUUGAGAAUAUGAGCACAAUGUCCUUUUUAAACAUUUUCAGUCUUUUUGAAAAGAAUCUUCACUUGCUGUCACCAUAUCAGAUCAAUUGUCUGGCUUGGAAAUUUUGGUCAGUCUCCAACGAAUCUAUACCUCCCUAUCUCUUAGCAGUGCUUCCGGCUGAGUAUCUGGAAUCCAUUACAGGAUCACUCUGUGCCCCUUUUGUCGCCAGCCUUGGAAAAGUUGAACUGGAUCAUCUCAUUAUAAAUAUGCAAAAGAAAAAAGUGAUUCUGGAAAAAGUACAGGAUUGCCUGAAUGGCUCCGUCGUUGAUGAAUACGACAUUGACUUGCUUGGGAACCUCAUUUGCCACUUACCCCCAGCGUUCAUUUGUGAGGGAGUAUCAAUGGAAACUGUAGCAGCAGCCCUUCACCGGUUUGGUCAAUGCCAACAUCUCAGCUAUGAGCAUAAGACGGAGAUUGAACGCAGACUUACUGAACUGCAUGGUACCCCAAGAAACUGGACGGCUGAGACAACACAAGAUAGCGGGCCGUAUAUAGCUCUUUUGCCGAAAGCUGAACUGGACAUCCUUGUCGAAAAGUUUCCUGAUAUCAUCUCAGAAAUAGCAUCAAAGGCAUCCGGGCCAGUGCCUCCGUCUGAAGAGCUCCUGUUGGCUCAGUUUGAAUUUGUCUGCAAGUCCAGCGUCCCAGUUAAAGCACUCAAUUCAACUCCUGAUUGCGCGGACAUCACGGCACCUUCGUCAGAUGAGAUUAUAAAAUUAUCAGAAGCCAACAUGUUUUGGUCGGUUCAGGAGCUGAUCUGCAUGGAUCCCGGUACUUUCGCCAAAGCUGUGGAACUCCUUGGCUCUGUGGGAGGUUUCAACGUAUCUCAGCUUAUUGCCUUGAAAGAAAAAGCUCAGCAGGUUUGGGGCCCAUUGACAAGCUGGAAGAGUUAUCACAUCGUUUCCCUUGGGCGCAUUGCCACAGCGCUAAAUGAGACUGAAAUUGGAGCACUGGAUUUGAGUUCUAUUGACACCAUUGCUGCACUUAGCCAGCAAACAGAAUGGAACCCUAUACAGGCCAAAUCCAUUUUAGAGGGCUUUCUGGAAGACUCAGGUCAAGCGAUGGACACCCUGAAAAGCUUUGAUUUGGCAGGACUCGGGGCUGUUCUUUGUGUCCUGAACUCCACAGAAAUUGCAUCAAUAAACACGGUUGAAUUCAGCGCCGUUGUUGCAAGAAUCGGCUCUUUGCCAUGUGAUGCAAACGUUCUGAAUGGAUUUAAAAAGAAGGUCGAGUCUGUGUUUGGAAUAGCUACAGAGUGGAACAGCUCUGUUCUGCAGGAGGUUGGUACAAUUGCAGCUGGUUUAAAUGAGGAAGAAUUAAAAGCUCUCGAUAAGGAACUGAUGCCCUAUUUUCAAUCAGCAGCAAUAAAACGUAUCCCUGGUGAAAUGUUCAAAGAGCUGUCUCCAGAGCAAAUAGGAAACCUGGGCCCUGAAAAUGCAGCCAUGGUGACCACAUCCCAGCGACAACACCUAAACGAAUUGCAGCUUCAGAGUCUCCAGCUAGCACUAGAUGGAGCCAGAACGAGCAUUCAAGAAGUCCUAUUUGGUGAAAGUACCAUCAGACCGACGUACACGUCCAUUCUGAACAGUGCUCCCUCCCCCUGCAGUUUAAGCCUUUGGUGCGUUGCUGUAUUCAUCUUCCAUCCCACAUCCUGA